AUGCCUGUGGCAUCUGGCAAGGCAAAAUCGAAGAAGUGCCAAAGGGCGUGUGAGCGAUGUCGAUCAAUGAAGGUCAAGUGCUCAGGGUUUAGCCCUUGCACGAGAUGUGCGCGGAGAAACAAGCACUGCCAUUUCCCGGUGGAGGAGGUGCGGGUCUCUGUGUCGGAACGAUAUCCAGAAACGGAAGCUCUGGGAGAUACGCAUCUACAGCACUUCAUAAUCGCAAUUCCGAUGGAGGUGUCGAGUGAACUAUUAGAUAGCCAAGCAGAUAUUGGAUGGCGCUCGAUGUCAAAUGUGAGUGGACUUCGUAUUGAUAGCUUUCUUCCGGGGAUAGAGCAUCCUUUGCAUAUACAAGAAGAAUCCCAAACGGGACAAGGAAUCAACAAUAGAGCGGAAGAAGUUACCGACAGAUCAAGAUUCUCUCAGAAUCCUCUGGUUGAUAGGGAUCCCUCCUUUGCACAGACCCCGGAUGGCCGAUUUUGGUACAUGGGACCAACAUCUUCAUGGUCCUUUUGCCGUCGAGUUCUCGCUUUGAUAGGCAGAAAGGUUCCUGAAUCGAACUGCCCGCCAGACCCGUUUCAUAUUGAUGGCGUGGCUUUCAGGUUGAACUGGCGACCGUUUCCUCCCGAUGAAGUACCUGAUGUCACCAACCUCCCACCGUUGGACUAUGCACUGUUUUUAUUCAGCACAGUCAAGUUCUAUUUUGGCUUCCUUUCUUUGAUGAUUGAUGAGACUGCUUAUUUGCAAGACCUGCAUGAAUUUUACCGGGAUCCACCAGCGAAGGCUGCUGCCAAGAGACCUUGGUACUGUCAGUAUUUACUUAACCGUUUCUGGCACACCCCUGGGCAUCAAUACGCGUCCCGAGCGAUGGCACUGUUACCCGAUUUGUCAGGAGUUGAUGAAGACCCUUUGAGCUGUAUUCAGGCACUUAGCCUAGCAGCAGUGUAUCUUCAAUCAAUUGAUAUGAGAAGGGCGGCAUUUCAGCAUAUUGGGCAAGCCUUGCGUGGCUGUAUCAUUGAAGGGAUACACAGACAUGUACCAGAGGAAAUAUGUGGACCCGAGCUCUCAAAACGAUCCAGAAUAAUCUUUUGGGUGGUCUACCUGCUAGAUCGAGAAUUCUCUGCUUCAAUUGGUGCACCCAGCUCAAUCAGAGAUGAAGAUAUCACUGUCCGGCUGCCGGCAGAGAUGGACGACUCAGUAGAACAUGUCAACCUGACAUUGCAUGUUCGACUUUCGCGGCUCAUGGCUACGAUUUUGACGACCGUUUAUGGGGUUGGCAAUGAAUCUGAUGACACACUAGUCCGCAGCACACAGUCCAUUCUUCACAGCAUGGCUGCACUUUCUUAUGACUUGACGGACUUUUUGAACACUAAUUUCCAUGGACUCAUCAGCCGUGCCUCGAAAAUGGCGAUUCGUCUGAUGCUAGCCCAUCAUCAUUGUGUGGUACUUACGACAAGACCGCUAGUGAUGUGCGCACUCCACAUGCAUAUCGAACGAACAGAGAGAGAAACAUCCCAAACAAUAAGCCUGACACAACCCGUUGCGUCCUUAUUACAAUGCUGCGCGGAUUCCGCUCAGACUAUUCUUCAAACUCUUCGUAUUCUAGCUGAUGACGAUUUGCUGGACGCAUUUUUACCAUUCCAAAUCGAAGAUGCCUCAUCUUCUGCGUUUGUUCUAUACCUGAUCCGCUCAAUUGCCCCUUCGCUCGUCUCAAAUGACACUUGGUGCGAGAGCUUGGAGUGUGUACUAGAUAAACUCAUUGCCAAGGGGAACCUAGCUGGGCCACUUCGAAGGCUUGAACUCAAGCAAUUAGAGCAGAUACUCGCGCCUUUGACGCCAAAAUUGUCCACUCACCAUUUGCCCCCAGUCAAUCUGGAUGGAGGCAAUGAAAUCAGUGAGGAGGCUUAUUCCUUCGAUCAUGACGAAUUUGAAUGGGAUAUGUUGGCACUGAAUCCAUCAGUCAGUCUUCCGCCGCGGGAAUUGUUGGAUCUUGCAGAUCAGUUAGAUGUGGAGGGAAUCAUGCAAUCUGUGGGGGUUUGA